AUGGCAAACGUUCCCAGUACCGGCGCUAGCUGCCCCGACGGUGGCAGCUUCUACAUAUGCGAAAACAACGCGACCGAGUUCGUUGUAUGCUGCAUCCUGGAUCCCUGCGCCGACGACUCGGGCAAAUGUCCUCACGACGGCCUCCGCCCAGCCUCCUUCAGUGGCGACAACCACGACGAAAUCCCGGAACAAGAGUGCAGCAGUCUCAGCUCGAGGCAAAAUGAUCCCUGCAUUGCCGGAAGUUGUCAGCCAGGGUACAUGGCGCCGGCACGACUCAGCUCCAACGUCUCUGACCGCGCAGCCUUUAUCGAAGAAGUCAUGAAGGCCGAGGUCGCAACAUCAGCCUCCACCUCUACCACAGCAACAUCAAGCAUCGGAAGCGCCUCCGGUUUCCACACAGAGUCUACCACCGACACCACCAGCGCUGCGGCGGGCGGAACCGUAGGACUGCAUACCGGCGCCGUUGUGGGGAUUACUCUUGCUUCCACGCUCACCGCGAUUGCCAUACUUACAUUCCUGGUCUUCAAAUGCCGGGGUGGAUUCUCAGAGCUUCAAGUGGUUGCGCCGGGACAGUUUAUCACGGGGCCGGUAAAUGGCCCGAUUUCGCCCUCUGCGCAAUCCUUCGGUCCCAGGCAUCCAUUCCGGGAAGCGUGGAUACCAGAACCGACCGUUCCUGUCUUUGUUGAACUUGAUGGAAACCGCUGGACACCGUCAAAUGGACGGGCACAACCCAGCGGCUACAUGGCAAGAUCAUGA